UAAAAAUUGGCAACGGAAAGAGUUUUAAGAGGAAAAAAUUGAAUUUUUCUAAGAGAGAAAGGGAAAGAGGGCUUUGGUUCGGUUGGACUUGCUAGAGGAGUAGCUUGUCGGUGAAGUUGGAUCUGAAUCGGAUCAUCUGAUGCGAUUGAGACCAGAAAGCGGCGAAGUGGAAGGAGAAACUCUGAUUUCUCUAUUUCUUAUGUAAUUUUAUUGCUAAUCGCCUCUUUCAGGUCCGUCUUAAUCCUAAUUUUAUCGUAUUUCACCAUUGAAUUCUCAUUCCGCCAUUGAUAUUGUCCACUGCUCUUCUUUCCGAUCAUUUAUUUCUUUCCAUGUAUGUUAAUCCAUCUCUCUUGUUAAUCUGCAAACGGACUUCAAUUUGAAAAUCCCUCAUUCUCUCAUUCUCUCUCUCUCUCUCUACUGUGGUUUUGGGAGAAAUCGCGAGUUUGGGGAUCACUGUGAUCUAGAAUUACGAAAUUCAGUUGUUAUGAUGAUGGAUUUUGGUGAGCGUCUGAGGAAUUUUUGAAGUCUUUGUGUUGAAUCAGAGAAAAAUGGUGUUUGGGAGAUUUAGGGAUAUCAUCUCGUCUGCAACCACUCGUUUGUCGGGUCGCCAGUCUUCUGUAGAUGCGUAUAAGUCGUCUUCGUCGCCUGGAUCUUCGCCUCCCUUGAUCGCUUCUUCUUCUCCUAUUCUUGCCGGAUUUGCUAGUCCUGCGCUUAAGAACAAUCUAAGGCUUUCAUCGUCGCUCCAGGAUCUCUCUACUUACCGUCGACUUGAUCUCGAAGAGGGUAAUCAUGGACUUGAGAAUGCUGCUCCUGAUUUCAGAUCACUCCAGCGAGAGAAUGCCGCCUCUAGUUUCUCAAAAGAGAAGACAUUGCCUGGAGGCUUCUUCUGGUGGUUGAGCAAGAAGUGGGUUCGGACAAUUGUUCUUUUUCUGUGUCUAUUGCUCUUUUUUGUUCUAAUCUAUACGGUUUCUAUGUAUAUUUAUUCAUAUUGGUCUCAAGGAACGCCUAGAUACUAUGUGGUGCUUGACUCUGGAAGUACUGGCACUCGAGCUUAUGUAUAUCAAGCAAGUGUUAAUUAUAAGAAAAAUGGAGCGCUUCCCAUUGCCAUUAGAUCAUAUACAGGACAAAAGAAAAAAUUGAAGUCUCAGAGCGGACGGGCUUAUGAUCGAAUGGAAACAGAACCUGGUCUUGAUAAGUUGGUUCGUAAUGUAACGGGUUUGAGGAAAGCUAUUAAACCUCUGCUUCAGUGGGCUGAGAAGCAGAUACCGAAGCGUGCCCAUGAAAGCACCUCUCUUUUCCUUUAUGCGACUGCUGGAGUUAGAAGACUACCCCCCGCAGAGUCGAAAUGGCUUCUGGACAAUGCCUGGUCUAUAUUAAAGAGUUCGCGUUUUCUUUGCCAGAGAGAGUGGGUUAAGACCAUUUCAGGUACAGAAGAGGCUUACUAUGGGUGGAUAGCCCUUAACUAUCAGAAACAAGUGUUGGGGGCUACACCAAGGGAACCAACGUACGGGGCACUCGACUUGGGUGGUUCUUCUUUGCAAGUUACUUUUGAAAGCAAGGAGCAAAACGAGUCUAGUUUGAACAUUAAAAUUGGAAAUGUGGAUUAUCAUCUUAAUGCCUAUUCUCUUACUGGCUAUGGUUUAAAUGAUGCAUUUGGGAAAUCUGUCGUCCACCUACUAAGAAGGAUCGAAGAACGUGAGAAACUGGACUUGUCUAAUGGAAAAUUUAAACUUAACCACCCUUGCCUGCAUUCUGGGUACAACAAGCAGUAUACCUGUAACCAGUGUGGAAAAUUAUUGGGAAGAGAAGGAAAUUCUGGGAUUUCUCUAAGACUGAUCGGUGCACCGAAUUGGGAAGAAUGUUCUGCACUUGCUAAAGUUGCAGUGAAUUUUUCCGAGUGGUCAAAUACAAGUGCUGGAGUUGAUUGUGAUGUGCAACCUUGUGCUAUAACUAAUGACUACCCUUCCCCAUAUGGAAAUUUUUAUGCCAUUUCCGGUUUCUUUGUGGUAUUUCGAUUUUUCAAUCUGACUUCAGAGGUUACACUUGAUGAUGUAUUAGAAAGGGGUCAAAAAUUUUGUGAGAAACCUUGGGAAGUUGCUCUGGCUAGUGUUGCUCCACAGCCCUUUAUUGAGCAAUACUGCUUUAGAGCGCCGUACAUAGUCUCACUCCUUAGAGAAGGGUUGCAUAUUACCGAUAAACAAAUUGUUAUCGGUUCUGGGAGUACGACUUGGACACUUGGGGUCUCGCUGCUGGAGGCUGGGAAGGCAUUUACAAUUACAACAACCAGGCUAGAGCUCCGUGGUUAUGAAAUUUUUAAACUGAAGAUAGAUCCUCUAGUCCUUAUAGUCAUUGUGUUCACAUCAUUGUUUUUCCUGCUUGCAUUAUCCUGUGUAGGAAGUGCAAUACCUAGAUUUUUCCGCAGGCCAUACCUCCCAAUUUUCAGGCAUAAUGCUGUCUCCACCACGUCUGUUUUAAACAUCCCUUCUCCUUUUCGGUUACAGCGGUGGAGUCCAAUGAAUGCUGGUGAUGGCAGAGUCAAGAUGCCACUAAGCCCAACAGCUAAAGGUUCUGAAGAAAGAACCUUUGGCUUAGGACAUGGCUUUGGCAGCAGCAGUGGCAUUCAACUUAUGGAGUCGUCGUUGCACCGAUCAACAAGUAGUGGGGUUUCGCAUAGUUACUCUUCAAAUAGCCUUGGCCAAAUGCAGUUUGACAACAACAGCGUCGGUUCCUUCUGGACUCCACACCGGAGUCAGAUGCGCCUUCAAAGUAGACGAUCGCAAUCUCGAGAGGAUCUCUCUUCAACGUUGGCUGAAACACACACGGGGAAGGUUUAGAAGAAGCAGACCUCAAACUGUAGAAGAUGGCAGCAUCAAGAGGACUUGAUGAAACACACAGCAUGUUGAAGGUUUAGAAGAUCAAGCAAAUGGCAACCUCAAGAGGACCUUUCUUCCUCAUUGGCUGAUGAAACACACACAUGGUGAAAGGUUUAGAAGAUCUAGCAGACUUCAGAAAUUUUGGUAGGUUGACUAAUUUGCCCCCUCCCCCAAUUAGUUUCUGACUCUUGAAUAGAAAAUAUAUGGAAGGUUGCGUAGAGUUCGUUCAUGAAUUCAAUUUAGGAAUUCUUUGUGUAUCUGAAGGGUUCAAUUUUACACGAGAAGUAGAUAUAUGCAUA